CUGGAGCGCUACAUUUUAAUAUUAUUGGUUUAUUAAAUAAAACAGCGCCAUGAAGUUUUCUUACAAAUUUUCGAAUUUGUUGGGCACAAUUUAUCGCAAUGGAAACUUGAUCUUCACGCCGGAUGGCAAUUCAGUAAUCAGCCCAGUGGGUAACAGAAUAACUGUAUACGAUCUAAAGAACAACAAAUCGCGUACAUUGUCUUUGGAGUCUCGCUACAACUACACCAACAUCGAUUUGUCUCCGGAUGGCAGUUUAAUGAUUGCUGUCAAUGAGCAGGGCGAUGCACAUCUCAUCAGCAUGGUCUCCUGCACAGUGAUACAUCGUCAUAAGUUUCAAACGGGCGUGCAGUGCAUUAAAUUCAGUCCGGAUGGCAGCUAUUUUGCGGUGGCCAGGGAGAAUCUGGUGCUCGUAUUUUCUGCUCCGGGAGAAAUAACUGGAGAAUAUAAUCCAUUUGUGUUGAAGCGCAGUUUCCUAGGUGGUUACGAUGAGAUCACGUGGAUGGAUUGGUCCACAGAUUCGAAGUUUCUUGCCAUCGGCUGUCGCGAUAGCUCCACCAAAGUGUGCGGCAUGCGACGCACAAGAAAUUUCCGCACAUAUAAUUUAAGCGGGCACACGGAUGCAAUAGUCUCGUGCUUCUUUGAAGCGAAUAGCUUGGACCUCAACACUGUGAGUAAGAAUGGACAAUUGUGCCUCUGGGAGUGCAGCAUGGAGCCCUCUGAUUUAAUGGAUGACGAUCAAACUGGACCGCCAGUCCAUAAACGCAAGGCUCUCAAAAAAGAAUCGGAGAGCGAAUCCGAAGAUGAUGUCGACAAUAAUGUUGAGAAACAGACUGUAAAAAAGGAAUUAGAAACUGUCGGCGAGGAUCAAAACGAACUGAAAGAUGAAGGCAUUAAGAAAUCACAUCCAUUCUUCUACAAGAAGCUGGGCAGGCACUACUUAGCCAACGAGCCGCGCAAGGAGAAACGAGAUGCUUUGCUGACGGCAGCCAAUUAUAAUCGUAGCACUAAAAUCUUGGUGGUGGCCUUCAGCACUGGCGCCUUCUAUCUGUACGAGCUGCCCGAUGUGAAUAUGAUUCAUUCGUUGAGUAUCUCCGAUUAUCCCAUCUCGGCGGCAGUCUUUAAUUGCACUGGGGAUUGGGUAGCGUUGGCCUCGAAGGAGAUCGGACAACUACUGGUAUGGGAGUGGCAGAGCGAGCAGUACAUAAUGAAGCAACAGGGACAUAGUAGUGAAAUGUCCUGCAUUGCAUACUCGCCGGAUGGCCAGUAUAUCGUCACCGGUGGAGAGGAUUCCAAAGUGAAACUGUGGAACACUCAAAGUAGCUUCUGUUUUGUCACGUUCAGUGAGCACACGAGUGGCGUGACCGGAGUGCAGUUCAGUCGGAAUAAAAAGUUCCUAGUUAGCAGUUCGCUGGAUGGCACUGUACGUGCCUUUGAUAUCAUCAGGUACCGCAAUUUUCGAACAUUUACAUCGCCAACUCCAGCACAAUUUGCAUGCGUCGCUUUGGACUAUUCCGGCGAGCUGGUUGUCGCUGGUGGCCAGGAUGUUUUUGAGAUCUACUUGUGGUCCAUUAAGACGGGCAAAUUGCUGGAGGUGAUUAGUGGUCAUGAGGGUCCCGUAACUUCGGUGGCCUUUUCCCCAGUUGGCACCUCAUCGACACUCAUUUCCGGCUCGUGGGAUAAAACGGUCAAGAUUUGGAAUUGCUUGGAGAGCAACAGUGAGCACGAAACAAUUGAUGCGCUCUCCGAUGUGACCUGUGUGGCAUUCAGUCCCAGUGGUGAAGAGGUCGCUGUUGCCACGCUUGUGGGCAACAUAAUCAUCUUUGAUGUCAAAUCUGCCACACAAGUGGUCACAAUUGAGGGGCGCGAUGAUUUGGGUGGCGGACGCCUGGAAACGGAUGUUGUUACGGCCAAAAAAAAUGCACAAUCAAAUUACUUCUCGACAAUCGAAUAUUCUGCGGACGGGGAAUGUAUUUUAGCUGCUGGCAAAUCCGCCAAUAUUUGUAUAUAUCAUGUGCGUGAGGCUAUCCUGCUCAAGAAAUUCCAAAUAACCCAGAAUCACAGCUUGGAUGGCCUAAAUGAGUUCAUUAGUCGCAAACAUCUGAGCGAGUUUGGCAACAUGGCUUUGGUGGAGCAGCGCGAGGAAUUCGAAGGCGGCAAUGUGGCAAUCCGUUUGCCUGGCGUACGCAGGGGUGAUAUGUCCUCGCGCCGUUUUCAGCCGGAGGUGAGAAUAUUCGCCGUACGCUUCUCACCGACGGGUCAAGCGUUUGCUGCCGCAGGAACCGAGGGUCUAUGCAUAUAUGCUCUGGAUAAGGGUGUAGUUUUCGAUCCGUUCGAUUUGACGCUGGAAGUGACACCGAAGGCGGCACACGAGGCACUCAAAACCAGGGAUUUCACAAAGGCACUCAUCAUGUCCUUGAAACUAAAUGAGCCCAAUUUGGUUACCUUAGUCUUGGAGCGCGUGCCAUACAGAGAUAUUGAGCUACUUUGCGCGGAUCUGUCGCCCGAUUUUGCCCAGCGCUUGUUGCAACAACUGGCCCGCCUGCUGCAGUCCUCGCCCCACAUUGAGUUCUAUUUGCAAUGGUGCUGUUGCCUUCUUACCACUCAUGGCAAUCGUGAUGGGGUUUUUCAGCAUACGGCUUUGCUAGCCCUACACGAAAGUCUAUCGCACAAAUAUGAAAUGCUAAACAAAAUAUGUGACUACAACAAAUAUACAUUACGCGUGCUUCUGGAGAGAUCAGACAAGUUGAAGGACAUGAAAAAAUCCGAAGAUAAUGCACAAAAUGAGGAUAGUGAUAGUGAAAUGUUGUUGAUUAGUCGCCAAGAGGAUGAAGCCUUAGAAGCUGACUUUAGCGAACAGAGCGAAGAAGAAACGGACGAGGAUAAUGAGGAGGACGACGAUGCUGCAUAAUAUUACAUAAAAUAGUUUUGUUAUGAUCCUAGACACUACGAUUACACCCAUUAAAUAUAAUUAUUAAUUAAA